AUGGCAGCCAACGAAGCAGCCAUCCCCAAUUUGGGGGGUGCUUCCGCUCAACCAAAGGCCGGCCGAGCCUCUCCGGCGCCCCAAUCGAAGCGCGACCGCAAGCGCCAGGCACUUGUCGACAAGAUCGCCAACCUGCAAGAGAAAUUCAGUCGGGAUCGUGACCUUGGGUACCGCGAUCAGCUUCAGAAGGUCCAGGUUGACACCAACCUCGUACAGCGCAUCGACCCCUACGCCGACGAUGUCCUGAACAUCAUUGCCAGUCUGCGACAGGAACAUGAAGAGACGCAAGGACAAGAGGCGCUUUCCGACAGCAACCGCACUCUGCUCCAGAUGGCGGGCCCCAACUUUGAGGACUUUGUCCAAGGCAUUGAGGAUCUUGUUGAAUACAGAGACUUUCAUUUGCUUCAGCACAUGCACGAGCAUGAGCGUCGCCUCCACCAAUACAAGAACGAAUACCUCUACAAGGUCGAAACUGCUAAGCGCGAGCACCAAGCCCUUUCUUCAACACUCCGCGAUAGACUCGUUAAUACCCUGCUGUCAAGGAAGUACCGCCUGAACAAGGAGAAGGAAGCCUUGGAGAUCUCAGAUUCCUCUGCGCUGCUGCUCCACCCCAACCAGUUCAGCAUCACCAACCCGGCAAGCCCCGGUGGCACUCACGGAAAACGCGCGACGAGAUUACGCAAGGACGCCGAAGAGCUUGCCAGCUAUGCUGACAGCAAGAAGCGCAAGAGGCACCCCGGCGAAGACGACGGCUCCCCCGUUCCGUCCCGACGAGCGCUCGACCCCAACAACACAACACCUCUCUGGCAGAACGAGAAGCUUCGAGUCGCCGCGAAACAAAAUGGCCCAGCCUACAGCAUUGAUAAGCUCUUUACUGAGAAGGAACUCAGCAUGGCCUACAACGCCGCAGCCGUUGCUUCCCACAAGCAUAUCCUUAGACACAAGCCCUAUGCGAACGGGGGCUCGUCCCCGGGCAGCGACUCUGGCAACGGCGAUGAAAACGGUGAACACGACAGCGAGGCCCUGUCCGCUCCGACGAUGGAACGCACCAGCUCCCAUGCCACUAGAAGCACGAGGGCCGGCAUCAAUCAGAACCUGAUCGAUGCCGUCGAGGGAGCCAAUGGCUUGGAACUGCCCAAGUACCUCGAAAUCAUGCAGCCACACGAACCUGCCAAACUGCCGUCGGUCUCUGUGACCAACUACUUCAAGCCGGUCAGAGGUAAUACUGACGGCAACCUGCCGCAACCGCUGUCGCACGACGAGAUCAAUUCCGACAUAAUGGUCAUGGACAUGUUCAAGAAGUACGACUACAACCACAAGCCCGGCGACUCCAUCGACCAUCCCAAUGGCAGCAGGAGGAUCUUGGAAGCGUCCAUUACGCCUUAUACCAUGACUCCGUACACAGGAUUCAAGCCAGGCCCUCGUCCGGAUCCAACAAAACUUCGUGAGGAUUUGAUGCCAAUCGAGAGCAGCAUUAGAGACGAGGCUCCCCCAUCGUCCCUCGCGGCCAUUGCAGCCGUCCCCAUGAGCCGUACCAGCAGUGCAACCGGCGGCGCAGCGAUGAGCCGACAGGGAAGUGCGCGCGGCAAGGGUCGUAAGAACCAGAACCAGUGA